CUUCGCCGAUUUCAUUCCCCCCGUGUCGAUCUUCUUAUCUCCCUCACCUCACCGCUUCCAACUCUGUUCCCUCCCCGUCGAUCUCCCCACGGCAACUCUCUCAUUCCUCUCCGUCUCUUUCGUCUACCUCAGGGUCUUUCUCUGUUUUCUUUUAAUCUCUGAUAAGUGGCAGUAAGUGUAAACUCCUAAGGUAAGUUUUCACUCUUCUUGAACUCUGCUACUUCUUCGUUCGGUUGCGAAAUGAGAACCUUUCAGGUUGCUUUGCGAACUCUUGGCGGUGGCUUAUCUCGGGGAUUAAAGCAACCUUCUGUGCUCAGGAACCUUUCCACAAACGCCGCUCGUGGUAGUGGGUUUGAUGAUGAUAAUAAGGGAAAAUUUGAUUCGUUUGAGACUGCUGAUGAUUUUGAACGUCGGAUUUUUGGGGGUGGUUCUAUGGUGGAUUCCGGAAAUGAUGCUUUCUUUCAGAAGUUUGAUAGACUUGGCAAACCUCGUGAAAGAAUAGGUUCAAAACUGAGUGGAGGAAACAAUUUUCAUGCGUUGUAUGACCGUGAAGAUAAUUUUGACACUCUGUCGGAUGGGAUGGAUGGCAAGUUGAAGAAAGCAUCCACUUAUUUUAAGUUUGAUCCAGAGGAAAUAGAAAAAGAUGAUUAUACUUUCAGAGCAGAUAUGUCUUUCUCGCCUGGAUCAACAUACAAUAUCAAGGAUCUGGAUCUAACAAAGCCAGGUUUUCGUAAACCUCCCAAAAGGGUUGAGUUUCAGGUGACAACGGAGGAGGCUUUAAGAAAAGCUGAUUUCAGGAAUGUUAGGUUUUUGGCGAACUUUAUAACUGAGGCUGGGAUCAUUAACAAGAGGAGCAAUACACGUAUUAGUGCCAAGGCACAGAGGAAAGUUGCACGUGAGAUCAAAACUGCACGAGCAUUUGGCUUAAUGCCCUUCACAACAAUGGGAACCAAAUCAUUCAAUUUUGGCAAAAGCAUGGAGAAUCUUGAUACGGACUUUGAGUAUGAGGUUUUUGACAAUGAUAAUACUGAUGCAGAUGGAGGUCACCCGCUCAGAUCCUAAAGACCAUGUUUUUAGAUGGUUGUGAAUGUGAAUUAUUUCCCUCACCCUUAUCUUUCUUCGAAGUUGGUAUUCAUCUGCUGCGAUUGACCCAAUCAUACGUACUCCAAAUUUGUUGUGGCCAGGAAGGGAGUUAUUGCAGAAACUUCAUAGUCAUAGUCUACUUCUCAUCGUGAUAUUCUAAAAUUUUGUUAUGUAUAUUUUAUGAUUAUUAUGUGAAGGUGAGGUAACUCGUCAUCCAGAAAUUGAUCUUCCUCCAGAAAUCAACCCUCGGAUGCCUGUUUUGGGAUUAGUUAUUACAAUGACAUGUUAGCAGAAUAAAACUAGGGCCAUCACACUGAGUUAUGAAGAAAAACGUUCUGUUCUCUUCAGGGUUGCUUUCUUUUGGAAUCAUUGACGUAUUAACAGAAGAUUUUAAAUCAUUUUCUCUCUGCGUUGUUGAAAAGUAUUUUUCAUAGUUUCUCUCCUAACAGCUACAUUGUGCUACGAUCAUGGUAUUAAAUUAUUGACAUGAUAUUUCCACCAGAAUUUUACGUUUU